AUGUAUAAUGGAAUGUAUGGGUCGCCUUUUCCCAAACUGAAUCCACGGGUCCCCUAUAAAACAGCAUUGGAGAGAGCCGGUUUCGAGGUCAAUAAAGGCGGGAGUACUAAUCAAAAUAUACAUUCAAAUGAUCAUAGUGGUCAUUCUAGGGAUUAUGGUACUGGUAUCCAAUGUGAUAUGGCUAUGGGGAACAAGGCAAGUAAUGCAGAUUGCUUGAAUGCAAAUCCACGUAUUGGUAAUAUGAUCAAUACUAAUGUUAUUUAUAAUAAAAAUAAUGAUAAUAAUAAUGCAAAAACACAUGUUAAGCCAAUUGAACCCAAUGUCCAAAUCCAAAUCACAGCUCCUUCAGAGACAUCUACUGUUGUAACUUCACAUGAUUCAAAGAUACGAUCAAACAAUAAUAAUUAUAAUAAUAAAGAUUCCUCUACUAGUCUGUUUGAUUUUGAGCAAGCAAAAAAGACUGACGUAGAAAUGAAUCCAAUAGAGAAAAGUUUUCAUAUGUUGACUCAAAGAGAUUCAGACCAUGAAUCAAAUGCUAUGCAUAAUAGAGAUAAUGAUGAGAAUGACAAAAUCGAAGAUAAUCUUGACAAUGAUGAAAAUUUGAAAUAUCGUGAAUCAAAGGCUAAAAGUGUAGAUUUUAAACCGAAUGAUAUCCUUCAUAUAUCUAUGCAUUCAGAUGAUGAAACUAUACCGUUGAAGUGGAAUAGUGAUAAUAACAUAGAUAGAUACGAGAGCCAUACAGAUAUCAAUGUCGGUAAUCAUAUAGACUCCACUGUACUAUCCAGCCCUAUUGAAUCACAAUCAAGCACAAACAUGAAUGUAGAACAAUUAAUUGCACAAUUAGAUGAUGUGUCAUUCUCAAGAAAUGCAAAAUUGAAUCCAUCAAUCUCCAUUAAUAAUGAUAAUAAUGGUUUCGGUAUUGGUGGUGAUAGUUUACUUAAUUCAGGAGAUGGGUUCAGAUUGAAAAAAUCUAGUGCAUAUCUUUCCGGAUUCCCCACUAAUAAACUUGGCACUAAAAAACCAUAUUUAAACACGGAUUCGUUAUAUAUGAAUGGUCCGUAUAUCAAUACCAUUUCUCCAACAUCCAAUGAUAUAUUGCCUCAAAAUAUCAAUUUGAACACAGGUACUGAAACCAAUGACAAAGAGAACUUCAAUGUAUUUGAGAAAAAUAUGGAUAGAAACGUAUAUAAAAGUGACACUAAUAAAAACAACUACAAUGAUUCAAGUUCAAUAGUUGGAACAACACCAACGUUUUAUAAAUUCAAACAAAAUAUUAAUUCAAGUUUUUAUUCUUCAUCUGCUUCAUUAUUAUCGCCUAGGGAGGAUCAACCAACUUCAACACCAAGCAACGCUAGUGCUUGUGGUAGUGGUAAGGAUAAUAUUGGCUCAUUGGUUAUAUCUGGAAAUAGAACUAAGUAUCCACCUGGAGAGGGUCCAUGUAGAACAUGUGGGUUAGAGAUUGUAACAAAGGGUGUUUAUGCAAAGAAACCAGGUGAAUUAUCUGGUCAAUGGCAUAAAAAAUGUUUUAAAUGUACGGAUUGUGAAAUCAUUUUCAAUAAAUUGAUACCAUGUUAUAUACUAAAUGAUAUGCCAUAUUGUCAAAGACAUUACCAUGAGAGUAAUAAUAGUAUUUGUAAAUCAUGUAAUGGGUUUAUUGAGGGCGAAUGUUUGGAGAACGAUAAGAAAGAAAGGUACCAUGUAAAUUGUUUAAAAUGUUUCUUAUGUAAGAGGGCAAUCACACAGGAUUAUUUCAUAUUUAACGAUAAAAUCCCGUUAUGUGGUAAUCAUGAUAUGGAUUCUUUGAUUUCGAACGGAUUAACUUUAUCAAACGAUAAUGAUAAAUCUGAGCUGCAAUUAACCCAAAAGGAAAACACAGUACGGAAGAGAAGAACAAGAUUAAUUAAUUUCCAGGAACAAUUAUAA